UUCAAGGAAAAAAAAAAAGGUGUCGUUUUUAUCCUUGAACCAAGUGUCAAAUUUCUUUCGAACCAGACAAGCGAACGAUUACGGUGGAAUUGAUCGAUCCAGUUGACUCCUCUUGCUUCAAUUGGAAGUUUUGGCCUCCUUUCUUCGUCUUGGUCGCGAUCUCGUCUACCUACCCACUACGCCGAGGUGGAUUGGAAUUGGGGAUCUCCGCGCGGAUCUGGGGGAAGACAUCUAGGGUUUAGCAUCCGUUUCUUCGAAAUGGGCGCCGUGCCAUCAACACCGCGGAGCGGCAAACCGCCGGGGGAUGCAGCGGAGUACCUGAUGUCGGCGUUCGUCGGGGAGAAGCCCUACCCGCUGUCAUCCGAGUUCUGGAACCAGCUGCUCGAGCUUCCUCUCGCGAUGCAGUGGCCGCAAGAUCGUGUCUUGCAGGCUUGCCAUUUAUUUGCACAACACAACUACUAUACUAAUCAUCUAGCAAAGAUCUUGAUUCACUUGGUGUGGUCUUUGGAAGACUUGUUGCAUGAGUCCUCACGAUCAUUGACAAGUUAUAGAAAAUCUGUCAAUGCAGCAUAUGUGUCCUCUGUAUUUUUGAAGUUCAUCAUUGAGAAUUCAAAAGGCAAAUUUUUUGAAGAUUUAUGUCUCAACCUUGAUCAGGAUGAGAAGAAACAGAAUAAUCUGCCUACUGAUCAAAGUAUCGAAGUUUUUAUAAUGCAAGGUGUGCUCAGUUUUAUUGGGGCAUUAAAUGUAAGUCCUCAGUCAUGCCUCCUUCAUCAUGAACUGCUGAACCUGAUGUUGGUGGCAAUGUCGACUCAACUCUGCUCUGGAUCAUCGCCAACACCAAAAGAUGUCCAUCCUUUCAUUGAUGCAGCAAUGCAUCAAGAAAGUACUGUCGUAGCCUCUACAGUUCACAAGUUGUUCUUGAAUUUUAUAACCCGGCCACGAUUUCCUUUUGAUGACUCAACAUACAUUUCUCCAGAAGGAAAUCAAUUAGGUGUUCUGCAAAGAGUUGGUUCUGUGGCAGCCAAUUUUGUACUACUGCCAUACUACACUUUCAACUAUCUGCUUAGUUCAAGUAGUGAAAGUGCAAGGAGUCUAUUGGCUGAAAAGAGCCUAUUCAUUUUGCUUGUGCUUACUCAUUACCGAAAGAGUGUUGCUGUGGAGUCUAUUUCCUCUGACAAUUUGGGGGAUGAAAAAUCAACUACCUAUUCAACAGAGAAUUCAUCUUUCUAUGAGAACCCUUACUGCAAGGCACUAGAAAAUGCUAGAGACACUCAAUUCGAUCGGGUUGAUAUUGAAGGAACUGCACACUAUGGACCACUUCUCAGAUUACCUUUUGCAUCUUUGUUUGACACCCUUGGCCUGAGCUUAGCUGACGAGGCAUCUGUAUUAUUACUUUAUUCAUUGAUUCAUGGGAAUUCUGAUUUUCUUGAGUAUGUUUUGGUGCGAACAGAUCUGGAUACAUUGUUAAUGCCAAUUCUUGAGACACUUUACAAUGCAUCAAGGAGGACAUCUAAUCAGAUAUAUAUGCUGUUAAUCAUCCUUCUCAUUCUCAGUCAAGAUUCAUCCUUCAACGCCAGCAUACAUAAACUGAUGCUUCCUGGUGUUCCAUGGUAUGAAGAACGACUUCUCCAUCAGAUUUCUCUCGGUUCUUUGAUGGUAAUUGUAUUAAUAAGGACAGUGAAGUACAACCUCUCUAAGCUUCGGGAUAUCUAUCUUCAUACAAACUGCCUUGCAAUUUUGGCAAAUAUGGCUCCUCAUGUUCAUCGAUUAACUGCCUAUGCUUCACAGCGGCUGGUUAGCCUUUUUGACAUGCUUUCUCGCAAGUACACAAAAUUAUCUGAGUUAAGGAAUGACAAAGUUCUAAAUGUAGAGGUUGACCAAACUGGAGGAGUUAUAGCAGAAGACAUGUCAACAGAGAUUCACAUAUAUACAGAUUUUCUCAGAAUAGUGCUCGAAAUCCUAAAUGCUAUUCUUACAUAUGCGUUGCCACGAAACCCAGAGGUUGUAUAUGCAAUAUUGCAUCAGCAAGAGGUCUUUCUUCCUUUCAAGAGUCAUCCACGGUUUAAUGAGCUCCUUGAGAAUAUAUAUACAGUUCUGGACUUCUUCAAUAGCCGUAUUGAUAUGCAGCAAUUGGAUGACGAAUGGUCUGUGGAUAAGGUUCUUCAAAUAAUUAUUAUAAAUUCACGUUCAUGGCGUGGUGAGGGGAUGAAGAUGUUUACUCAAUUGAAGUUCACAUAUGAGCAGGAAAGUCAUCACGAAGAAUUUUUCAUUCCUUAUGUGUGGCGGCUAGUACUAGCACAAGGCUUCACCUUCAAGCCUAGUGCUAUUAACUUGCUUCAAGUGGAAUUAUCUGGAGAUGAUGCUUCUUCACACACCGAGCAUGAUGUAUAAAGUUUUCAGAAUAUUUUGAUGGUAAGGAGACCGAUUGUUUCGCUUUGAUGGCGAAACUUCAGUUUCCAUAUGCGCAAACAAAAUUCAAUGAGUGCCAUGUAUAUAGGAUAUCAGUUGAUAUUUUCAUCAUUCAUUCUGUCAAUAUUACCUUUGUCAUGGUUGACAACCUUUCUUGAGCAUGUAAUAUUGCAUUCAUCGAAUAAAGAAGAGGGACGUUCUAUUCUGAGAAGAGGAAGUGUAGAAAGCCAAAACUUGAUGGAAUGGGUGAUUGUUCCUACUCCGAUUGUAUCUAGUGUAUUCUUUGGAUUAGGGUGCACUUUUUGCUACAAUUUUGUAAAGACUUAAUCCCCAAAAUUUGUACUAAUUUAUAGCAUCGUUUAUAUAAGAAUUAAAUUACUGUCC